ACCAAAACACAAACAAAGAAUGAAGAGCGAAAGGAUGAGAAGACACCUGAUUAAAACUGAUGUUGCUCUGCAAAUCGACAGAGACAGAGUCACGCAGACUUUCAGAGGUGUACUGAAAUGGCCAGUGGGACGCUCUGGGUGCAGCAGCUGGAGGAAGCUCAAAGGCCACCUGUUUGAGGGGGGGCGAAGCCUCAUGGCAUUUGUGUUUGGCCUGCUGUUGGCUACUCUGUAUGGAGUCACAGCUCUAUUCCUGCAGAAACAGCCACUGUGGUUGUGUGUCCACAUCACACUGGCUGUGGCCAUCUUGACAGCCUUUGGUAUGGGCCUGUCAGCCAGCAUGCAGGCCAACAUUAUGGUCCUGCUGCCUUCACUGGGCUCAGCUCACGGCAGGAAGUUCCUCCUCUUCCUGUUUGCCUCAGCAUUGCUCUCAGGGCCUGUCACCAACACGUUGGAAAACACAGAGCGGGUCGCUGCCAGUCUGCUGUGUUCAGCUGAGCUGGCAGCCAAUCAGACACAGGAACUCAUGCAGCGAGCAGCCACGCCCCUUUUCUCUGGCUUGGGCAGAAUCAGAGAGAUCAGCAGCAAUGCUCUCUCUGCAGCAGGGAGAGUCCAAAACCUCAUCGAUGCUCUGACUGACAGCGUACGCCAUGUUGCUCGUACAUUGAGGAACGUCUUCCACUUCCUGGUAGACAUUGGUGACGCUUGUAAUGCCAAACUGGGCUCUCCAUACAGGAAGUGUCAGGCAGUGUUCACCAAGGCUCAAGCUGACUGUUCUGAUUUGCUGGGAGACUUCAACUUCCUUUGUGACAUUGUAGGAGGGUUCUUGCCACUCUGCAGCCUUGCCCGGGCCGGUGAGCUCUUCUGCGUCAUCCCCACUUACAUCGCCAACCAUCUGAAAAAACGUCUGGCUGCUCCCACUGUUGCAGCAAUUGAGCGAAUGAAGCAGGAGUUUGACUUCAACAUCUCAGCCUCAAUGACAUUUGACCUGGAAGCCAACAGCAGCCGCUCUCUGCAGCAGGUGUCUCAGGACAUCAUAGAGGAAGUUUCAUCAGAGCUACAGGUGUUUCAGAAGUUAAGCGAACCACUGGCAUACGGCAGCCUCAUCCUGCUCGCCUGCUCCUUCCUGAGGGCGGUGCAGUACAGGCACAGGUAUCUCCAUGAAGUUGAAUUUGAUAACAUCUACAUCAGCACUCAGUUUGAACAACUUGACCAGCAGGUGACCUCAGCAGGCGGUGCCUCAGCCCUGCCAAUAACACGCAGAGAAGCCAAGACCUACAUCACACCACUGUCGCUUCACCUGACGACCCAAGAGCAGCGGGCGGUGUUUAUGGGCGUAGCCUCGGUCCUCAGACACACGGUGAUGGGAGGCCUGCUGGUGUCACUGGACUUCCUGGUAUUUUGGAUGCUGGAUCAGGUGCACCACCAGGUGAAGGGGGAUAUUGUGGCCAGAGCUCCAGUCACAGUGGCGGUGCAGGUGAACGGAUCAGGUUAUGCCUCAGAUAUCUUCAGAGACCUGGUGGCUUCAUUCAACGUCCUGCAGGGAGGAAACAUCACCGUGAUCAGCAGGAAGUGUCUGCUGCAGCCCUCUGAGCCGGACUACAUCACGUGUUUCAUCCUCGGGUUCCUGCUGGGUCUGGCUCUACUGGUCUCUUUGACUGGAGGAUUCAUGCAGCGCUGCCGAAGACUUGUCUGUGCUUCAUAUCAUCCAGAGAGAGAGCUGGAGAGGAUCCGGUUCCUCCGGCAGCAGAUCCUGGAUCAGAGGAGGAUGGUCGGGGGAGCCCUGAGGAGGUCUGCAGCCAGGAUCCGAGCUGACCGAGGAGGAGGAGGAAGUGGGGGACGAAGUCGCCUUCAGACCCUCCUACUGCAGCUACCUGGAGGUGCUCACCUGUCUCAUCUGCUGGGUCUGUCAUCAGUCAGCUGUGUGGCCUGUGGGGAGGUGGUGACACAGGGGGAGGACAACAUGGCUGCCUGUGACGUCCCACAGUGUACCGGCCUGUACUGUCGGCCAUGUUUCCACAGUCUGGGAAACACGUGUGUCGUCUGUAUGCGACCUGCGACCUUCCAGGAAGACGGCGAGGAGGAGCUUGAUUCCAGUGAUGAUGACCAGUUGAGUUUGUGCUCUGCAGCUCUGAGCUCAACUCCCAUCACCGACCGCAGGACGAUCUCCACGGCAACGUGCCAAAGACCAGCCGGGCGGUCAAACGGUGGAACGAGGACGACCAAAGUAAAGGACGGAGGAGAGAGCGACAGCUGCGCCCACAUCAGUGAAGCAGACAUGAUGGAUCGAGGUGGACCCGAGUCAGACGACAGCGAUGCCUCCUUCUACUCCUCUGCCCCACCGAAAACCUGCAGCCUCCAGGAGCAGACCCUCCAUACAGUCAUCAUUCACAAACCUGGACUGCUCCCCAAACCUCCAGGACCCUCCAGGAACCUCCAGGAACCUCCAGGACCAUCCAGGACCAUCCAGGACCUUCCUGAUUUAGGGGUGUCUGGUGGUGUGAGCAGAGCUUUCACUUUGUAAAUAAAGUUUUUAAAGCAAGCCGAGAUGUGGUCCAAACUGAUAUUUGACUGUUCGGUCAGAUCAACGUAUUUUUCUGUGCUUUGUCGGUCUGUUAGCCAGCGAUGACGCUGUCUGCUGGACGUCACCUGGACAGGUGUUGGACGUGUCACUUCAGUCGGGUAAACGUGCGGCUCUGAAAGCUGUUAGGAGGGAGAGCUGAACUCCCCACUGGAUCUUUGUUCUGCUGGUUUCCGGUCAGAGUGACCGUCCAGGUGUUCUCAGGUGUUCUCAGGUGUUCUCAGGUGUUGUCCAGGAGCAGACUGUGUGACUGUGAGUUUGGGUGUGGCUGCUGACAGACACAAACAAAUUUCACAGAAAGUUUAAAGACAAACAGGAACAGAAAGAAACAAGUCAACAAGUUUUACAAACACGAUAAUCAAACAGACUGUGUGUGUGUCUGUGAGUGAGCGUGAGUGAGAAUGUGUGUGUGUGUGUGUG